AUGCUUCUGGCUUCUGGCCACAUCCAUCUCGUCACUCUCUCGAAGUUUAUGCCUCCCUUCCUGCUAACACAGACCGUAGUAACACUUUCAACGCUCCUUUCAAGCAAUGUCUAGGUCACCUACUCUCUCUAACUCAGACAUAUCUGAGCCACACCCCGUCACUCCGCCUGACUAUGCUGAUGUCAUGGAACAAGCAGGGACAUUCAAGUCUAAGAAGCCUGAAUCCCUUCGUAUUGAUACACUGGGGAUUCUCCCUCACGAGAUGGUGGGGAAGAGGCUCAUUCGCGUAACACGUUCUGCCACUCAUCCUGUCGUCACUCUGUACUUCGCCGACGAGACGUCAUACCAAGUCCGGAUAGACGGAUACAAUCCCGGUCAUCCUGGACUUCCAAAAGCAAUCGAAACCGAUCCAGAACUCGAGCCUAUCCUCAAUGAGUUGGAGAAUAACAGUGAUAUGGUAUACACCGUAUCUGAGGCCACUCUGACCACCUUGACUGACCGAGCGUUCCAAGCCGGAAAGCAAGGUAGACCAGAUGCAGAGUGGAAACAAGUACACAGUGCGGUUGCCUUCAAGUUCAAGGAGGAGGGAAGGUGGCAUUGCAUGUGGGCUACAUUGGCCGAGUUCGACGCAAUGGGUAGAUGCGUCUUCAGAAGUUUUGAUGAUGUUUAUCUUCAACGUGUUGAACGGUCACCUCAGAAGUCGCCGCAGAAAAAGAGGUGGAACGGGAGGAGGAAUUGAUAGAGCGACGGAGCUCCUUGUUUGGGUAUCAUCAUAUCCCAAUCCCCUCCCGCCCUAGCGCCUUGGACAUUUCUCCUUUCGUUCGUUCAUUCCUAUUUGCAUCUUGGACCAUCUAGCAAGCCGCUAUAUCUCGUGUAUUUUUGUCUCCUUGUACGAACAACAGACUGUAUCUCGUAGCAAUCUAUCACGAUUCCCAUUGAUGUAGCCGUCAUCUUUCGUCAUACCACCCUUAUGCCACUUCGUUCUCGUCAUUUCUAUAGCUGCCGUACUCAUGUAUUCCAACGUAAAAUGUCCACAUGUUUCGACCUCCAAGUUUGUAAUUUACCUCAAUAUGGACAUCCGCUCAGGUAUCUUU